GCUUGUUGGAGGCAAGAGAAGAGAUCAGAGCGACCAAGAGCACCAACCAUGCCUGUGCAAGGGAUUCGGACAGUGACUGCUGCCAAGAACGGCGUCGGCGCCUUCAUUCUACAAUGCAAGCGUCUGGAUUUCCACUACUGCGACUGGGCAGGUAGCUCACGGGGCAUGGUGAGCUUCCUGAAAAACACGCUUCCCGCCUUCGCCAAACAGAACCCUCAGAUCGAGAUCCGAGUAUCCCCCCGACCGCACAAGCACCCCAUCGUCAAGGGCCACUACAUCAACGGCCGCGAGAAGGUCAUCUGCGUCCGCAACCUCGAGCCCGAGCAAAUAGGCAACAAGGCGAACCUGCUGAAGGAGGCCAGCGGCGAGAAGUUGAAGCGCACCACCAAGCCCGUGACGAGUAUCAACGAGAGCGUGCGAGGCAUCUGGUCCCCGUACCACGGCGACCUCAAGAGAGUGUAAAGCAUACUGUUUCUUUGCUUAUUAUCGGGGUUAUCAGCAAUGGUGUUAUGUUUUCUGGGGUGGGAGACCAUCUCCAGCUUGUCAUAUUAUGUCUAAUGGGGGCCUUUCUUUGUUUUCAUCUAUUCUCCGGGGGAACCCGAAGCUGGCUUUUCUUGUGGAAGGGUUGCCGUCAAAUGUACAAAAUACAGUGUUCUUGAAGUUUUCUUGGAAAUGUCCGUGUUAUGCAGCAGGUAUCGUAGCCCACCGGAUUCUUGGACUUGCGACU